AAUCUACUCUAGAAGUGCCAAAAAUGAUCUUACCAGAACCAGAAGACAGCAAACAGGACAGAACCUCUAACAACUUACUACUUGCUCCUACAAAUAUAAAAAGUAAGCUCAUCAUAAAUAAAAAAGAGCAAACAAUACAAACAGACCACAGCAAAUCUAAAUCAGAUGAUUCAAUGGAUAUAGACCAAACAAAUAACAAUCAAUCUGAAGUAACUCCAAACAAUAAUAAAGAAAAGAAAAUACCAUCUUACAAUA